CGUUGAUGUAGAGGAUUCUAAGGUUUCUGGCUUUCUUUCGUCGAUACCUAAAAGAAAACUUAUUCUCAUAUAUGUAUUGCUAAUAUAUGCCCCAACACCUGGAAACUCUUUGUUUGGCAUUAUACAAUUCUGAAAAGUGGAAAUUGAAUUUCAUGGCCUCAUUAUCCAUGAAGCUUCUGUUUGAAGGCAGCAACUAGAUUUUCAAAUACAAUAUACAAUAUUCUACCUAUAAUAGCCAUGUUUGCAAUUCAACAUUCUUUAAUUGCUGGACGGGGCGGAAGAAAGGUGGCGGAUAGUUUAAGCCGGUUUAGCAGGAACGGGAAAUUAAGUACCGUCAAUGGGGAAAUGGAAAUAAAGAUUUAUAAAUCCAUGUUAAUAUUCACAGCCUGAGUAAUUUGUUGAAUAUAUUACACAUAUAACUCUUAUUGCUUGUCCUCAUUGAGAAGCGAAAGCUCAAUGAACUUUUGUAUCUGAUGGAUUACCGUUGAGGGGGUGGGUCUGGUGGGAGUGUCAUUAGCCCGUCAAAUUGAGUUGGCGCAUGCAAACCGCAGAUACAGUCAGGUGGCGAGACCCUUGUGCCCAGUUGUGUGCCAAUUAAAAUCAAUAAAGCCAACCCAAAUCAGUAGAGCUUAUGACAGCUCCUGCAGGACACUGCCGAAUCGUUUCAGUUGCAUUUGGAAGUGCAGCGCGAGAGCUUCAUCCAUGGAACUAGCACGGAAGAUUGUGAUUCGGAUUGUGCCCCUGUUUUUGCUCGGGUGGCUCCUCACAAUGGGCGAGGCCUACCUGGAGAGUGUCCGCGUGGAGGAGAUACCCUUUGCCGGCCACAAGGUCCCGGCUAACCGUCGUUCUAGUGAGAUUCACCUGAUAUCCAGCCUUGAGCAUCAGCGCAAUUUUCUGCACCUUUUUCAUGUGCCCUACAUAAUCUGUUUCUAUGCCGCCAAAGGAAAGUGGCCGUAUGUGCCGGGAUUCAUGAAGUACAAGGUCGACAACGCAGCUCGCAAUUUGUUCCACAAUAACGAUAGUGCCAUAAGGCAGUUCUGCAACAAGUGGAUCCAAGUGAAGGAGUGCUUCCGGCCCAUUUUUGACAACUCCAACAGGACCAGUACCGAUGAUGUUGAGACACUGAACGGAAAACUCCAGCAAUGCAACUGCGAGAAGCUCCUAGCCACGGAGUCUCCCGUUGUGUACUUUGAUAAGAACUAUAUUGGAAACGUUAGCUCGGAGACCAUUCAUAAUACGAUCGAGUUUUUGGAGAGUUUCCUACCGCCGCCGACUAAAAAGCACAAGCGGAAGAAUCGCGUGCGUAGUCGUGUAGAUGAAAUGGAUAUUGAUACCUAAUCAAUUUACUCAACACAUCAUUUACUUUUUUACCUUUAAAAAAAAACAUUUUCUUAAUACAACAUUUCU